GCUGCCGGGGGCUUCCGUGGGCUCGGCCUCGCCCACCUCAGGAGGAAAAGCAGGGGAAGCCCCGGCGCCCGGCGGCCGUCAGCGGUGGAGGACAGAGGACACGGCAGUCCCGUCACCGCGCCCGUCCAGCCCCGGGCCGAGGGGUUCCACCCUGCCGGGCGCGCGCGUCUACCGGCCAGGGGCCUCGCGGCGGCCUCCAGCGCCCAGCCCCGGGGAAUGCGGCGGCCCCCGGCCCCUGGCGCCACUCGGUGUCUCGGCUGGGCUUCCUUGCUCGUCUGCUCCGCGGCCUCGACGCUCCCAGGUCCCCCGAUGGCGGCGAAGUGGUUCAAGGAGUUCCCGCUGACCCUGAAGACCGCGUCGGAGCGCGCCAGGCCCGGGGGCGCCGGUACCAAGCCGCGCAAGAACUCGGAGACGGGCGGCGCGGCGCCCGCCCCGGGCAAGGGCCGGAAGAACUCCGCGGCAGAGCUGGGGGGCAGCAGGGCAGGCAGCGGUCCCCCUAAGGACAGCCGGCUGUCCCGGGACAGUUUGCAGGGUCUGAUCCAGGCCGCGGCCGGCAAGGGUCGUAAGAACUCCAGGGUCACCGCCACCGCCACCGCUGCCACCACUGAGGAGGAGCCCCACCGGGGCGCGGUGGCCAAGAGCGCGGGCUGCAGCACCUACAUCAGCAGGCUCAUCAAGGUGGACACGCAGGAGAAGAAUGGUAAGAGCGGCUACCCGGGAGGCGGCGGCAGCAGCAGCAGCUCCAGCAGCUCCUCUUCCUCUGCCUCCUCUUCACCGUCCUCCCUGGGCCCCGAGCUGGACAAGGCCAAGAUAAUGAAGCAACAAGACACGGUCAUCAUUUUAGAAGACUAUGCUGACCCAUAUGACGCCAAACGGACCAAAGGUCAAAGGGAUGCAGAGAGAGUGGGUGAAAAUGACGGCUACAUGGAGCCCUACGAUGCCCAGCAAAUGAUAACAGAAAUCAGACGUCGUGGUUCCAAAGACCCUCUGGUGAAGGCCCUCCAGCUGCUUGAUGGCCCAUGUGAUCCAGGGGAGAGCAUGAAGGUGGAGGCCCCAGCCAAGAGACGCAGCUCCAAGGACCUCUUGGGGAAGCCGCCGCAACUCUAUGACACCCCCUACGAGCCCUCAGAGGGUGGCCAACGAGGGGCAGAGGUGAAGGCACGGCCAGCAGACAGCAGGCUGCCAGAGGAGGAUGACAGGCCCGCCGCUGAGUAUGAGCAGCCCUGGGAAUGGAAGAGGGAGCAGAUCGCACGAGCCCUGUCAGUCCAGUUUGAGGGAUACGAUCGACCUCCCAGCAAAGAGGAGACAGGGAGACCGCACCACUGGCAGAAGACACUGAAGCCGACCCUGUCAGACCAUAGUGACCGAGAGAAGGUGGACCCGGGCCUGGCCCUGGAAAAGCAGCCUUGGUAUCAUGGCACCAUCACCCGAGCUGAGGCUGAGAACCGACUGCAGCCCUGCAAAGAGGCUGGUUACCUGGUCCGAAACAGUGAGUCAGGCACCAGCAGGUACUCCAUUGCACUGAAGACUAGUCAAGGGUGUGUCCACAUCAUAGUGGCUCAGACAAAAGACAACAAAUACACCCUGAAUCAGACGAGCGCAGUGUUUGACAGCAUCCCGGAAGUGGUACACUAUUAUUCCAGUGCAAAGCUGCCUUUCAAAGGGGCAGAGCACAUGACCCUGCUCUACCCCGUGCACAAGCUUCACUAAAGUUUAGCCAGCGAGAGCCCAGGCACCCCCCAGCGCAUUGGCACCCACCCAGCACCACGUGGCCAGGUCUCUGCUGCUGCGGCCUGGGAGUUGGCGCCGAGAAGUCAAGCCGUCUUUGGUCUUAAGUCCAGGACACUGAGUCUGAUCCGUUCUUUCUCUUCCUGCCAAGUAGCUAUACUGUAAGAAAGUUUCGCUUGCCUGUUGCCUUCUCCCCUGGAGUAGGAGGUCUGUUUGGGGUAGAUCUAGAGUUCAGGAGCACUAACUUGUCCCUCGGUGCUGUUCUCUGGAGUGCCUGGCCUCUGAACAACAGAAAACCCCUCAGCCUCUCCUAGGGCCGCAUGGACUGGAAGAUUCUUCAGUGUGAGCCUCUCACGGGGAAGUGGAUGGACAGUGGGAAACGGGAACAAUGGACAGGAAAACUGUCUUUCUCCAUGUCCUGAUGCAGCUGUGGCCUUCACACACAUUCACAAGAGGAUUGUUUGGCUGGUCGACCUUCCUAAGGACAGUGUUUGCUUUCUCGCUGUCUCUGGACGCUAUCAUUUCUCAGCAAAUCAAUAAUACAAGCAAAAAGGGUGGAGGACCCCAGAUCAAAGUGUUACCAAUACAAUCCAGUAGUGACAUCUUUUGUGAAAUUCUGAUUGUUUUUAAGUGCGCUCCAAGGACUUGGUUUCUGAUUUUUAAAAAAACUCUACAGAGCUCAACAACUGAUUUGUUAUUGGAUGAUCAUGUAAUUCAGGCAUCUUUUGUUUUCUGUUUGUGCAUUAGUUACAUGGAAUCAUCUUUAAGUUUCUUUCUAAAAUUAGAUUUGCUCUAUAUUUUUAGUAAAUUUUUACAACAAAAUUGAAUUCAGUUGUAUGAACCAAGUCACUGGUCUGGGAAGAUCCCCCUUUAUGUGCAGAACAAACUGAUUUGUGCCUACAGAAACAUUUUGAAAGGACUGAAGUCGUCUCUACUGCUCUCUAAGAUACCAUGUCAUUGCAUUUUUAUCCUUGUGAUGUCUCUAUUGUGGAAAAUCCCACAGGAGUGGUGUGCCUUGAGCAGACAUUGUGGGGAAUGGGCUGGGCCAGAACUGGACGAACAUUCCUUGCUCAGGUUUGUAACCUGGGCCUCAAGACUGUUCCUAAGGAAAUGCGCUGACCACCCUCGGUGGAAAGUGAACGUUUGUAGCUUCUUUCAGAUGCACAAAAAAAUAUUAACCUGGUCGGACUUCUUAGGAAACACAGCUGUGUACUUAGCGCCCAUCACUGGACUGCGAAACAGGAAGAUGCUUGCUCCUGUUUCCCUGAGGAUGUCAGCAAAACGGUUGUGUGAUUUUCUUUCUGCUUUAGAAAGUUGAAGGGGCUUUUUUCCAGUGGAGGGCAGCAAUCUUCACAAAGGCUGUUCUCACGGCAGUGAGGUUGCAUGUAGUGCGGUCUGUUCAUUUUACAGUUUUCAGUAGCCAGAUUUCCAAUUCCACCCAGCAAAUGCUUAUUACCAUUAUUAUCUUGUGUAUGCGCAUUGUUCACUGCGCUAAACCUAUUUUUAGCUCAUCUUUCUAGCCACAAAGACUUUUUUUUUUUUUUUUUUUGCUUAGCUUUUCUUACUCUUCAAAGGAAAUCAAGCUGUUGUCUUUGGUGAAUGGUAAGAACAUUUAAAAAUGUUUCUGUGUGUGAAAGGGUUUGGGUCCACACCCAGCGACUCUGAUGAAUGCAGGCCUGAUGCAUGGGUGUCUGGGCUCUCCCUCCGUAUUUGUUUUCUGUGUUUGGAAGUGGCAGAGACAGAGUUCAUAUAUAGUCCAGUCUUCACAGUAGGGAGAGGAGCUAUAAGACACAAGAAUAUUGCAGGUUAGUGGAAGGCCAGUAGGGGAGGCGGUUAAAGCUGCUUUUUUCUUCCUAGGUUGUGACACAAGCUGACAGAAGCCAGGGAGCUCACAGCUGGGAGGUGUUCUAAAAGCAGCUGGGUCUAGCAGGAUGUCCUCACCUCCCAAGAGCUGGGCCAGUUGCUCUGGAGCUUGGGCUUGUCCUCGCUUUUUCUCCUGAUAAAGUAUUUCCCUGUUAGCUUCA